AUGACGACCCCAAUUGACGAGAAGGCCGAGCCCCGCUACUAUCGCCCUCACGUUGAAAAUGCUCGCUUGUCCGACGAGGAGGACCACACUGUCAUUGGCGAAGAUUCCACCAGGAACAACUCCGACCAGGAUCACCAUGUCGACCCCCUCGACACCACCCACCUCUCAGCGACGAAUGAGUCCAACUACCUGCGCCCCCCGAGCGGCGUGACAUCGCCGUCGGCCACGCGCGAGCAGGCGAGCCGCCUGGACGAUGACCUGCAGAUGCUGCAGAUCGAGAGGCAGAUCUCCGCCGCCGAGGAGGCCAAGAGCAAUGACGGGCGCUCAAUGCACCGCUCGCGCUCGCGCCACCAGGAGCCCGUCGACGAGUUCGACGCUGCCACCGAGCCCAUCCACACCCAGGCCUCCAUGUACAAGCCCCCGGAGAACCCGACCACUAGCUUCGCCAAGUUCUUCAAGAAAAUUCACAAUUCGAGCUGGGUCAUUCGCUACCUCACCUACAUCGUUCCCGUCGUGUGCAUCAUCCUCAUCCCCCUUCUCCUCGGCGCCCUGCUCUUCACCGAUGCGUCGGUUGGCGGCGUCAAGCUCGUUUGGUUUUGCAUCUGGCUUGAGAUUGUCUGGUUGACCCUAUGGGCCGGCAGAGUUCUCGCAAAGUGUCUUCCCUGGCCCAUUGGGCUUGCGGCAAGCUUGUUCACGAACAACGGAAAGAAAUGGCGUGACAUGGGCAAGCAGCUGGAGCUUCCGGGAACCCUAUUCUUUUGGUGGCUGGCCAUCAUCAUUUCCUUCUACCCCACCAUGACCCAGCAUCACAUCAACGGCAAUAAAGGCAUCAAGAGUUGGGAGAAGACCAUGUACAAGGUCCUGGUGUCCAUCUUCAUCGGCUUCGUCCUCAACUUCGUCGAGAAAAUCAUCAUCCAACUCAUCGCCAUCAGCUUCCACUUGCGUACCUACCAGGACCGGAUUGAGAUGAACAAAUUCCAGAUCGGAAGCCUGGUCAAGCUCUACACCUUCUCCAAGGCGAAGCUCACCAUGGAGGAUUCUGAGUUUGAGCAACGCGAAACCGGCCAGAACUCAGGGGCUCGUACGCCUGGCAUGUUUGUCAAAGAGGCCCAAAAGAACACGAAACAGGCCAUUACGAAAUUCGGAGAUGUUGCUGGAAAAAUUGCAGCUGACUUCACCGGACGCGCCACACAGAGGAGCAACCACCCCCACCAGGUCGUCCUGGCAUUGCUCAACACUACCAGCGGCAGUCAGGUGCUAGCCCGUCGUUUGUUCCGCACCUUCUCCCACGACGACACGGAAACGGUCCACCCCGACGAUCUGGCCAGCGCUUUCGACAACGAGGACGAGGCUACCGCUGCGUUUUCCAUGUUCGACAAGGACAUGAACGGCGAUAUCUCCAUGGAAGAGCUUGAAGCUGUCUGCGUAGAGAUUGGCCGUGAACGCAAGGCCAUCACUGCUUCCCUCAAAGACCUCGACUCCGUCAUUUCCAAGCUCGACGAUGUGCUGAUGUUCAUCGUUGCCGUCAUCACUAUCUUGGUCUUCAUCUCUCUCAUCUCUGCUUCCGCCGGCAGCGUCAUCUCUAACGCUGGAUCGGCCGUUCUGGCCCUGUCUUGGCUCUUUUCCGCCACUGCACAGGAAUUCCUGCAGUCUAUCAUCUUCGUCUUCGUCAAGCACCCGUUUGACGUUGGCGACCGUGUGAGCAUUUAUGGUAACACUGGUGCCACUGGCUUGGGUGAUGACUAUUUCGUCAAGGAAAUUGCAUUGCUGUACACGGAAUUCAAGAAGAUGGAAGGUCACGUCGUCCAAGCACCCAACAGCUACUUGAACACCCUGUUCAUUCUCAACCAGCGGCGUUCCGGUGGCUUGGCCGAGGCUAUCCCUAUCAUUAUCAAGUUUGGCACGACCCUCGAUCAGAUCGAACAACUCCGGUCAAGAUUGCUGGAAUUCGUGCGUUCGGAGAAGCGCGAGUACCAGGGCAACAUUCUCACCGAACUUCGGGAGGUCAAGGAAGCACACUCGCUGACCCUCAACGUCGUCUUCUUUUACAAAUCGAACUGGCAGAACGAGCUGCUGCGCCUGCAACGCCGCAACAAAUUCAUCUGCGCGAUGAUGGUGUGUAUGCAGGAUCUCGGCAUCGAAGGUCCCCGCAUGCGCUUCCCUGGCCAGAAGGAGUCGUUCCCGGUCUAUCUCCAGCAAAUUCCUCACCUUGCGACUCCUGGCAUGGGCCAUGGUGGCAACCCGGAUAACCCGACCGGCUUCGUUGAGCGCCCUGAUACUGGCAGGAGCAACGUAUCAGGUCCUCAGGAUCCUCCUUUCGUCAGUCCGGAGUCCCCGACCAGUGCACGAGCGCUACAGCCCUCACACUCGAUUCUCCGCACUGGCAGGCCCCGUGGCGAGUCUCUUGCAGCUAUGGGCAGGCGUGUGGAUUUCUCGCUCGGCAUGAAGGACAUCUCGGCGGCUGACAUGACGGGAGACGUUUUCGAGGAUCGAAAGCCCUCUCUUCCGGCGAGAAUAAUGUCGCCUAGCACCUCUACUCGUGGCUCGCAAGACUCUCGCCCUCGUCCAUCUCACGACACUGCCCGUUCGACGGGACAUGACUCAGACCUUGCUCGAAUUCCUACGGACAGCUCGGCCGCGCGCAGUCGCUCCAGCCACCGCAAUCGUUUCUUUUCGCGCGGAAAGACACAGGGAGAUCUGGAAGGCGGUCUCUCUAUGGAGAACAUUCCUGAGACAACAGAACGCAUUGAUCCGCGCAGCGGAACCGUCAGUCCUGCGGCAUGGCGGGCAAGCCAUGAAGAGAGCAGGACACCUACUGCCUCGGGCGCCCUGGAUGGCGCCGAGGGGAGUUUCGCCCCUCCACCGAGGAGCAUGACCGAAAAUGCCAGCUUCAAGACGAAGUAG